AUGAGCACUAUCAACGAGAGUCGCGAGGGUGCUGCAUUGUUUGGUGUUGAACUGGAUUACAUGUUUUUUGUGGUGUGGUUGAAUCUUUUAUGCGUGCUAUAUCCUAUCGCCUUUGGCCUGACCGAUGGCGGCAACGUGGUUGGCGUUAUGGGGAGCUUUAUCUUCUUUAGUGUACUCGACUUACUGAUGGUACCCGUUCUGAGCUUUGCUGUGUUGUUCUUCGCCCGUCACUGGGAUUAUCGCAAGUUAAACAUCGCAUUCAGUGACAGUCGUCCCAGCCGAGAGAGUGAGGCUUUGUUUAAGGAAACUCCUCCAUCUCCUGCUGAUAUUUCUACGGCUGCUUAG